CGCGGCGCGAUGACGUCACUCCCUCUCGCGAGAGCUCGCUGCGCCAAACCGCCCCGUGAGCCUCCGCGCCGCCUCUUUGCGCCGGGGCCGCACCAUGGGUAUCUCCAGGGACAACUGGCACAAGCGUCGCAAGACUGGGGGCAAGAGGAAGCCCUACCACAAGAAGAGGAAGUAUGAGUUGGGGCGGCCGCCGGCCAACACUAAGAUCGGUCCGCGCCGGAUUCACACAGUGAGGGUUCGUGGCGGCAACAAGAAAUACCGUGCCCUUCGCCUGGACGUCGGCAACUUCUCCUGGGGAUCCGAAUGCUGCACCCGCAAGACCAGGAUCAUCGAUGUUGUCUACAACGCUUCCAACAACGAACUGGUGCGGACAAAGACCCUGGUGAAGAACUGCAUCGUUCUCGUCGACAGCACCCCGUACCGGCAGUGGUAUGAAGCCCACUAUGCCUUGCCCCUUGGACGCAAGAAGGGUGCCAAACUGACUCCUGAAGAGGAGGAAAUUUUGAACAAGAAGCGCUCAAAGAAGAUCCAGAAAAAAUACGAUGAGCGAAAGAAGAAUGCCAAGAUAGCAAGCAUCCUCGAGGAGCAGUUCCAGCAGGGAAAGCUGCUCGCUUGCAUUGCCUCCAGACCUGGACAGUGUGGCCGAGCUGAUGGCUAUGUGUUGGAAGGCAAGGAAUUAGAGUUCUACUUGAGGAAGAUCAAGGCCAGAAAAGGCAAAUGAAAACAAACUGUUCAUCUGAGAGAACCAAUAAACAAAACCUAUAAUAAA